GAAAUGGCGACCUUAAUGCGACGGCCCUUCGCGGUCGCAUCAAUCCUCGCCCGCGAACUCCCACACACCUCACGAACGGCCUUCCGAAGCUUCCAAACCUCGACCCGCCAACCCAUCCAGCACAGCAUCUUCAAGCAACGCACCGCCACCGCCUUCUCGACCCAGCAACAGACCAUCUUCAAGCAAACCUUCCGACAACAUGCGAGAGCCUACCAAACCUCCGCGCCCCAGAACCCUCUGGCACAAGGAAAUCUCACGCAGCGACUGAUCUACGGCGGCGCCAUCUUCGGCGGCACCCUCCUCGCCAUAAACCUCAUCUUCAACCGCGAAACGCGCGAAGACGGCGGCAUGCCUCCUUACGAACGCUCCUACCUCAACGAAACCUUCCUGCACACAGGGCUCGGAAUCGGAAUCAUCGGAAUCGCCGCACGAGCGCUGCACAUGAACGGCUGGUCAUAUCGUUUGAUGACGGCAAACCCUUGGUUGGUGUUAGGAAUCGGACUCGUGGGCUCAAUUGGAACGAUGAUGGGCUGCCACGCCACACCGCCGGAAAACUAUGUGUUGAAAUAUGGAUUGUGGGCGGGGUUUAAUUUGACGCAAGCAGCGCUGCUUUCUCCCAUGUUGUUCUUCUCCCCUGCGAUCCUGGCGAGAGCUGGCCUUUACACUGUGGGCAUGAUGGGGAGCAUUGCGUUUGUGGGUGCUACGGCGAAGCAAGAGAAGUAUUUGUAUCUCGGCGGACCGCUGUUGGCGGGUGUGGCGAUCGUGGCACUUUCGGGGCUCGCGCCGCUGGUGCUGCCGGCCACUGCGACGAGGGCGUUGAUGUGGACGGAGAAUCUCUGGUUGUAUGGAGGAUUGGCUGUGUUUGGGGGCUUUACGCUGUACGAUACGCAGAAAAUUCUGGCGCAUGCGCGUAUGGCUGAGAGGGGAAUGUUUAGGAGGGAUGCGGUGAAUGAGUCGAUUGCGUUGGAGUUGGAUUUCAUCAAUAUUUUUGUUCGGAUGGUGCAGAUUUUGGCGAUGCAGCAGGGGAGGAGGAAGUGAGGAGGAAGAGACGGAUUGUGAGGAUUAGCGGCAUCA